AUGUUGCGAAGUUAUCCAGCACUGUUGAUCUUUAGUAUCUCGUCGUUAUUGUCGUCAUCUCUGGCUUCUUCUAUGAUUUCACUGCUGAUUCAUACAGCUUCAAUUAGUCUUGUAGCUCGACGGCUUACGGACGUUGCUCCAGACACAAGCAAUUUGAACCCAAGCUCCGAUGUUUCGACAGCGAUUCACUAUGUAGCAAUCUUUUUCCUCCUUGUCAUGUCGGCCAUCUCUUCAGGUCUUACUCUCGGUCUCUUGUCCUUAGAUAAAGUGAGUUUAGAUGUGAUUGUCCGUGCAGGAAAUCGGUUAGGAGCUACCGAGGAGGAAGUCAUAAAGGCCAAGGCAGCGCAACGCAUUUUACCCGUUCGUGCUGAUAGUAAUUUACUACUUACAACGCUCGUGCUCACAACGGUUGCUGUCAAUAGUUUGUUGUCAAUUCUAAUUGCGGAUAUGACUAGUGCUCUCGUGAGCUUCUUUGCUUCGACAAUUCUAAUCCUUAUAUUUGGAGAAAUUGUGCCUCAAUCGCUCUGUUCGAGACACGCAUUGUCAAUUGGAUCAAGAUUUGUACCGCUUGUUAAAGUGCUAAGACUAGUGCUGUAUCCUUUUGCCAAACCCGUGAGCUAUGCGCUUGACCGUACAGUUGGAGAAGAUGUGGGCACGGUAUUUACCAAACGAGAGUUGCAACAACUUGUGGAUAUUCAUGUAAGACAAAAGGUUAUGCACCCUGAUGAGGGACAUAUCGUACGCGGUGCAAUGAGCUACAAGAACAAGGUCGUCAGUGACAUUAUGAUCCCAGUCGACAAACUCUUUUCACUUCCGGCUAGUACAAUACUCAAUUUAGACGUGCUCAAGCUGAUCUACAAUCAAGGAUAUAGCCGCAUUCCCGUGUGGAAUAAGGAUCUGAACGACGUGGUUGGAAUUAUCUUUACCAAGGACUUGAUAUACGUGGACCCGAACCAAGAAGUGCCACUGAUGGCAUUUGCGCGUGUUUUUGCUGUCGCAGCGCAUCGUAUCUGGCUCGACGCAAAACUGGGUGAGGUGCUGAGCGUCUUCAAAAUGGGCAGCACCCACAUGGCACUUGUUUAUGAUGUCAAUAACACGGGACCGAGUGAUCCGUUCUACGAACUCAAGGGUUUAGUAACGCUUGAGGACAUUGUAGAGGAGAUUUUGCAGUCCAAGAUCACAAACGAGACCAACUUGCGCGUGGCCAGGCAGGAACGCCAAAGCUGCACGGACCAAAUCGGGUCUUGUAGCGGAGCAUACAUGUUUUCCGACGAAGAUCCACUACUCUCUGAGAGCAAGACGUCUUUUGGUACAUCUCUCGAGCUUCAGACAAGUACAAAAAGCGCAAAGCAGGCUACUUCUCACGCAAUGACAGAAUCUUCAUUUCCCUUACACCGAAGCUAA